AUCCGGGGGACGGCAGGCCAAUCGCACGUCUUGAGCCUGGCCGCCGCUUCAGCGGAGCUGUCCGUCGCCCUGCCCCCACGCCUCCCUCCCUCCCUUCCUCCUCCCCCACCCCUCCCUCCUGGGUUCGCCUCCAGCCUCCAGCCUUCUGCCGCCGCUGCCGCCCCGCCGCCGCCCGCGGCCUGGGCCUCUAGGCGGCCUCUCCUCCCUCCCGUCCCAGCCCUCCCCUCCCCACCCCGCCCGGCUUGGCCCGGCCCGGCCCGCCGCCCGCCAUGCCGCACGCCUUCAAGCCCGGGGACCUGGUAUUCGCCAAGAUGAAGGGCUAUCCGCACUGGCCCGCCCGGAUUGAUGAUAUUGCAGAUGGGGCAGUGAAACCCCCCCCAAACAAGUACCCCAUCUUCUUCUUUGGCACUCAUGAAACAGCCUUCCUGGGACCCAAGGACUUGUUCCCCUAUGAGAAAUACAAGGAUAAGUAUGGGAAACCCAACAAGAGAAAAGGUUUCAAUGAAGGCCUAUGGGAGAUUCAGAAUAACCCCCAUGCCAGUUACAGUGCUCCUCCGCCUGUGAGUUCUUCUGAUAGUGAAGUCCCUGAGAAUGAUCCGAUGGCUGGGAGUGAUGCUGAAGAUGAGGCAGGGCUCAUGGCUGUUGCAGCAGUGACAGCGGCCAGUGCCAGUGAGAAGAUGGAAAGUGACGAAGAGUCUGACAAGGGCAGUGAACACAGUGGGAUAAAGCGGAAAGCACCACCAUUAAAAAUGCCAGUGGCUAAACGGGCACGAAAAGCCUCCAGUGACCUAGACCUGGCCAGUGCAACUCCAUCAGAAGAUGAAAACUCAGAAAGCUCAUCAGAAUCAGAAAAAAACAGUGAUCAGGAUUUCACUCCAGAGAAGAAAACUGUUGUCCGGGCCCCACGGAGGGGCCUAGUUGGAGGAAGGAAGAAAAAAGUGAAGGUGGCUUCGGGUUCUGAUUCAGACUCAAAGGCUGAUUCAGAGGAGGCUCACAACAAAUCAGUGGUUGUGACAAAAUCAGACUCAGACUCCGACUCGGACUCCGACUCGGACAUCUCUGUCAAGAAGCCUUCCCGGGGCCGAAAACCAGUUGAGAAGCCUCCCCCCAAACCUCGGGGCAGAAAACCAAAGGUAGAACGUGUUCCCAGCAGCUCUAGCAGUGACAGUGACAGUGACAGUGAAGUGGACCGCAUCAGUGAGUGGAAGCGAAGGGAUGAGGAGCGGCGUCGGGAGCUAGAAGAGAAACGGAAGCGGGAGCAAGAGGAGGAGCUCCGACGACUUCGGGAACAAGAGAAAGAAGAAAAGGAACGGAAAAAAGAAAGGGCAGAGAAGGAGGACACACACCCCAACAGUGAUAGCAGUGAGGCUGAGAUCAAAGAUGAUGAGCCCAUCAAGAAGAGGGGCAAGAAAGGUCGAGGCCGAGCCCCUUCUACCUCUGAUUCAGAGCCAGAACUAGAGAAGGAGGUGAAGAAGCCAACAAAGAAGCCACAGUCUCAAUCCUUAGAGCCAUCAAAGAAACCAAACCAGAAGGAGAAAAGAAGUCGCCCAGAGGAGAAGUCCCGAGCCAAGCCUGUGAAAGUGGAGCGAGCCAGGAAGAAGUCGGAGGUGCUUCCAGAGAGGAGGGUUGAAAAGAAGAAAGAACCAUCUGUGGAAGAGAAGCUACAGAAGUUACACAGUGAAAUCAAGUUUGCCCUGAAGGUUGACAAUCCGGAUGUAAAAAGAUGCCUCAGUGCCCUGGAAGAGCUGGGGAGCCUGCAGGUGACCUCUCAGAUUCUCCAGAAGAACACAGAUGUGGUGGCCACAUUAAAAAAGAUUCGCCGUUAUAAAGCCAACCAAGAAGUGAUGGAGAAAGCAGCAGAAGUCUACACUAAGCUCAAAUCGAGGGUCCUGGGACCAAAGGUUGAAGCAAACCAGAAAGCUAACAAACCUGCACUGGAGAAGGUCAAAGCAGAGGUGGAGAAGAUCGAAGAUCAGUUGGCAGGAGGGGAGGCCCCUAAGGAGAAGACGGAGGAGGAGCCUAGUGCUGAUAUUUCCACUCCUGUGAAUGGUGAGUCUACAACCCAGAAGGGGGAGAGUGGUGAGGACAAAGAACAAGAGGAAGGACAGAAUAUGGGAGAGGGGCAGAGAUGCGGCUCAUCUGAAGACCUGCACAACGACAACAUUCAAGAGGAUCCAGAACUGGACAGGCCAGGGAACGACCGGCAGGACAGGGAGAGGGUUCGGAUGGACUCGGAGUCCCUUGAUGAGGAGAGCUGAGGUCCUGGGGUGUGCUGCCCCCGGCCUCUGCCUAGCCUUGGGUUUGAGCCCCUUCACUAAGUUACACAGUAGAUGAUGUAUAGGUCUUGUCCCCCUCCGGUCCCCAGCCUCUUGUGAAAGCUGAGAACUUUGGGGGAGACACUGUGCUCUUCGGUUGUAUUUGUCCCCUUGGGUUUUUUUUUCCCUCACAUAAUUUCUGUGAUUUCAAAACAAGAUGAAAUGAAUAUAAAGGGUUUUUUAAUGAAAAAAAUUCAUUUUUAUUGGCUUGGUUUUCUGAUGUGGUUGACUGCAGCGGAGCCUGAAGCUGAGAGCUUGGCCAACUUUGGGGCAAGACAAGAGAAGAGGCACUGCCCCCAUUAAUGAGCAGUGAGCAGCAGCUCUGAACCAGCAGUGUUUCCAGCCUGGAGUCGGGCAUGGGUGACUGAAACAGGAAUGGGGACAAGAGCCUGAGCCUAUUAGGCUUGGAUUCCCUGGCUCUGCUCACAGCUGAAAAAGUUCAUCUUUACCAAAAAAGAAGAAAGAAAAUAAAAAUCUAAACUUUCUGGCUCAAA